CGUAGGGCGGGGGAGAUGCUGCUGCUGGGGCUCCGCGGGGCGCUGAGCUGGGCCCGGAGCUGCCGCCUGCCAGGCCCCGACUGGAGCAGGGGGGUCAGCGGGGCCCUCCGCCUGCAGGAGACGAAGUAUAGCCCACUUGUUCAGACAGCCAGAGGUUAUGCCAGGCCUGUCAAAAAGAGGAAGCAAGUGCUCCCCAGCCAUCUGGAUGACCUUCCUCCUACCAUGCUGAAGAAAGAUUAUGCCAAUGUCCCAAUAAUAGAUAAGGUUGAUGAUGUAGUGAAAAGGCUAUUGUCUCUGGAAAUGGCCAGCCAGAGGGAGAAAGUGAAGAUAAAGACGCAGCAGUUGAUCGAGAAGGUCAGGAGGAGUCCCAGUGACAACGGUUCCUUCGAGGUGCAAACUGCUAUUUUAACUGCCAAGAUUCAAACUCACCAGGAGCACCUGCAGAUGCACCCCAAGGACAAAAGUAACCGGCGUCGCAUGCUGAUGGCCAUAGAUCGCCGGAAGAAACUGCUUAAGUACCUGCGUCGCACCCGCUGUGAGACUUUUGAGCACACGUGCAAGCAGCUGGGCAUCCAGUACACGUUACCGCCACCCUAUUGCAGGAGAAUGACCCGGCGAUGGGCCGCUAAGAAGGCUUUCUGCCUCAAGGUUUUCAAUGAGGUACAGAAACUGAAAGCACCCGAGAGGCUAAAACAGAGACGAGAAUGGCAAGCGAAAGCAAGGGCCGCCAAGGAGCAGACGCUGCAAAGUGAAGGGACCCCAGUAUAGCAGCACUCUGAGCAGAUCUCGCAUUCCAUGCCUGCGUGUGAAAAAUGUGUCCCUCCAAAAUACAAUAAAUGAUUUUAAAGCUA